CCGUCUUGUGUUGUCCUGUGUGUGUCGUGCUACGUGUGGUGCGUUCAGGAGCGUCGUUUUUCAGAGCUUCACGCGGAUCCUCAGCAUCCUCCUCCUCCUCCUCCAUCGAAGGAGCAUCAGUGCUCAAACCUCUGCCUCCUCUUCUCUUCUUCUCCCCGACACUGGCCGCUCUUCUUCCCCGCUUCUUCUGUCGGGACGUCGUCGUGGAUGUGGAUUAUGUGGCGGAAGGAUCAGUUCGGUGGAGCCGGUGCGCGCGGACUCGCCCCCGCCGUUUUUCCUCGAGAGUGACGGAGGACAGAGAGCCGAGCCGCGAUGGACAAAUCACCGCCUGAUCACCGCUGCUACCAGGCUAACGUUAGCUAGUCCUCCCUCUGCCUCCCUCCCUCCCUCCCCCCUCUCUCCUCCACCUCCUCCACCUCCUCCACUGAGCGCUGAUGAUCUGUUUUCCUCCGUGAUUUAAAAGCCUUUGAUGUUUUUCUCUUCUUGUGAGGACGAUGUUUCGCUAACAUCGCCGCGGUAACGUUAGCUAGCAGCGUCUUUUUUCUUUUCUUUUUUUAAAAUUAUCUUUACACCGCGGUAUUUUUGUGAAGAAGAUGAUGAUGAUGAUGAUGGUGACAGAGGAAGAGUGUGUGUGAGGUGAAGCUGAAGCCGCGUGGAUUCACACACACGAAGGUCAUGACACCGAGAGAAUGAUCAUGCUGGAAAAACAGAGCUCGACGCAGGAGAUCGGCGAGGAGGCCGAGGACGACGCCAUCUUCACCAUCACGCUCAGGAAGGUGCAGCUGCACCAGUCGGCCAGUAAAGGGCAGCGGUGGCUCGGCGUGGAGACGGACUCGGCCCUCAGCCUCUACGAGACGUGCAAGGUGCGGACGAUCAAGGCGGGCACGCUGGAGCGUCUGGUGGAGUACAUGGUGUCAGCGUUCAGGGGCAAAGACUCCACCUACGUCACCAUCUUCCUCUGCACGUACCGCUCCUUCGCCUCCACCAGGCAGGUGCUGGACCUGCUGCUCAACAGGUACGCAAGGCUCCAGAAUGUUCCUGCAGCCUCAGCACACAGACUCUCCCAGGACGACCGCACAGAGCUGAGGAACACCGUGUCGUCCAUCCUGGGGGCGUGGCUGGACCAGUACUCCGAGGACUUCUGGACUCCUCCCACUUACGACUGCCUGCACCAGCUGCUGUCCUACCUGCACCUCCACUUCCCCGGCUCUGACCUGGAGCGUCGCGCUCGCAACCUGCUCGCACACUUCCACCGCCGACAGCAGUGUGAGCCUGAUCCUGACGGGGAAAACAUCGGCUGUCCUUUCGCCACGCAGGAAGAGAGCGGCUUCGAGGACGAGCUUCCUGCGUUCAGUUUCCUGUCCUUUGACCCCAUCAUGGUCGCAGAGCAGUUCACGCUCAUGGACGCGGACCUGUUUAAGAAGGUGGUGCCGUACCACUGUCUGGGCGGCAUCUGGUCUCAGCGAGAUAAGAAGGGGAAGGAGCACCUGGCUCCCACCAUCAGAGCCACCGUGGCUCAGUUCAACUCCGUCACUAACUGCGUCAUCACCACCUGCCUCAGUAACCCGGCGCUGAAGCCCAACCAGCGAGCGCGGCUGCUGGAGAGGUGGAUCGACGUGGCGAGGGAAUGUCGGAUCCUGAAGAACUUCUCGUCCUUACGUGCCAUCCUCUCCGCCCUGCAGUGCAACGCCAUCCACCGCCUGAAGAGGACGUGGGAGGAAGUGUCACGCGAGAGCUUCCGCACUUUCCGUGAACUCUCCGAGAUCUUCUCCGACGACAACAACUACUCUCUGAGCCGGGAGCUGCUGGUGAAGGAGGGAACGUCUAAGUUUGCCACUCUGGAGAUUAACCCCAAACGAGCUCAGAGGAGACACCAGCAGCAGAGAGACCUGGGAGUGAUGCAGGGCACCAUUCCAUACCUGGGGACCUUCCUGACUGACCUGGUGAUGAUGGACACGGCCAUGAAGGACUACACUGAGGGAGGACUCAUCAACUUUGAGAAGAGAAGGAAGGAGUUUGAGGUGAUCGCUCAGAUCAAACUUCUUCAGUUGGCCUCUAACAACUACAGCUUCACUCAGGACAGUCACUUCAGAGAGUGGUUCUCUGGUGUGGAGAAACUCAGCGAGGCAGAGAGCUACAACCUGUCGUGUGAGAUCGAGCCUCUGUCGGAGUCUGCGAGCAACACGCUGCGAGCCAAGAAGAACGGCGGCAUCAUGAAGCGCUGGAGCGAUCGUCAGCUGACGGAGGGCGGAGCCGGCGCGGGCUCUCACUCCAAGUCCUUCGACCACUCACACUACAGACCGUACCAAGGGGGCGGGGGGGACAGCGGCGACGCCCUCAGCGUGACCUCGGUCAGCUCCAGUGGUUCAGACCUGGAGGACGUGAACGCCAGCUUCCUGUCCGACUCUCCUGAAGGACACGAGCGCAAGACGUCGACUCCGUCAGUGAAACUCACCGUCUCUGCUUUAGGGAGAGAAGCUCCAGCUGCUGACUCCACCUCCACGUUCUGGGAGUGCACGUCUCUGUCGUCCCUUGACACCUCGGGGACAGGCUCCAGCUCGGGCUCGGCGUCCGGCUCCAGCAGCGCGUCCUCGUCCUCCGUGUCCUCGUCCACGCCGCUGUCGGCUUCGCGCUCGCACAAGCGCUCGGUGUCGGCGGUGUCCAACUACUCGACGCUGUCCCUGCCGCUGUACAACCAGCAGGUGGACGACUGCUGCAUCAUCAGGGUCAGCCUGGACGUGGAGAAUGGCAACAUGUACAAGAGCAUCCUGGUGACGAGUCAGGACAAGACUCCGGCCGUCAUCAGGAAGGCGAUGAUCAAACACAACCUGGAGCGAGAGAAGACGGAGGAUUACGAGCUGAUGCAGAAAAUCUCUGAGGACAAAGAGCUGCGAAUCCCGGACAACGCCAACGUCUUCUACGCCAUGAACUCCACUGCCAACUACGACUUUGUGCUGAAGAGGCGUGGCCCGGCGCGGCCGCUGCGAGCCAAGACCGUGGCGAGCUCCACUCUGCCGCGCAUGAAACAGAAGGGUCUGAAAAUCGCCAAAGGGAUUUUCUGAGUCGCAGACACACACACACACACACACACACACACACACACACGCCAGCA